CCGACAACAUCGUUAAAAUAAUUAGCGAAGUAAAGAAUGAUAUGUUUACCUCUUCGUAUAUUAGGCCGUAUUGCCAUAGGCUUUCCCUUAUUUGGCAUAUCAUUUGCUAUAGUUUGGUCAAUACUCUUUGAUUUUGAAGCUUCAAAUAGAACUGCAUGCAAGGUUCCAAAUUUGCUACCAACAUUAAGUUCAGCCAUUGGUGGAUUCACACCACAAAGGUACAUAUGGCGGUUCUGUAUCAGCAUGCAGACAGGUCUUCGUUUCUUGCUGGCCUUCUGUUACUACCAUUGGCACCACCGCGUUCAAGUAGGAAGCAAACAGCUUCUGUAUAAUAGACUCGUGACGCUGGCCAUUACCUGUCAUGUUUUGGAAAAUCUGGCUUUGGUCACUCUUACUGCCAUAUCAUCAACAGAAAAUGGAGAGAUCCAUGAAUACUCGUUUGUGAUGUUCAUGAUAUGCUCACAACUGUACAUGAUCCUGUCCUGUGUGUUGAUCAAGUGGACCUAUAAUGUUGGAGUGGUUACUCCCACAGCAGAGGAUAAGGCAUGGCUUAUCAGGAAGGUGUUUCUCCAGGUGUUCAAUCUAGCCAUCUUCUUUAUCUCCAUCUACUUCUACUUCCGACACAACUCCUACUGUGAACCAUACAUAUACUCCUACUUUGCACUGUGUGAAUACCUGACUAUCCUGUCCAACAUUGCGUUCCACAGUAUAUGCUGUGUGGACUUCCACAUGUACAGUUUCACCCUCGUCCAUGUGGAGGAUAUUGUUUCCGGAAGGUUCAAAAAUUCUUGACCAUAGCUUCAUGCUGGGAUCAUGUUUAAGUUGUUUGGUAGUAGUGAUAAUUAGAAAUAUUUGUUAGAUUGUUCAAUUUAUCUGUUUAAAUAGUAGUUUGUUUUUUAAACACUUUGCCUUUUUCACAGGAUUUUCUUUGGGUUUUUUAAGUAAACUACAUGUCAAUGACUAUAAGUCAAUCAUAAGAAAAUGUGAGUUAGUUGAUAUAUUUAUAUUUAGUUACUAGUAAUUUGUGAUCCAAUUUGACUGAAGUAUAGAAAAACAUUUAAGUAUUAAGAAAUUGUAGUGAUAUAUUCAUGAUUUUUAUGCCCUCCUUCAAAGAAGAGGGGGUAUAUUGCUUUACACAUGUCGGUAGAAGGGUCAGUCGGUCUGUCAGCCAACCAAAGCUUGCCCUAGUGAUAACUCGACAUUUCCUGGACCGAUUGUCAUCAAAAUUGACAUGACCAGUAAAAGGUCAAGGUCACAGUGACCUUUUGUGGGAAAUGGUUGUUAAAGCUUGUCUGAGUGAUAACUCAACAAUGCCUGGACCUAUGGUCAUCAAACUUAAACAUUGAGAUGACCCCUUGAUUUAAAGAGUCAUCAGGUCAAAGGUCAAGGUCACAGUGAUAACUAAAAAAUGCCUGGUCUGAUGAUCAUCAAACAUAAAAUGGAGGCUGGUCCUGGCAAGCAGAUGACCAAUGUUGAUUUAAGGGUCAUCAGGUCAAAGGUCAAUGUGACAUUGAAUGUGAAAAGGUUAUCCGAGUGAUUACUCGAAAAUGCCAUGGCCCUCAGACUUAACUUGAAGAUUGGGCCUGACCAGUAGAUGACCCAUAUUGAUUUUAGGAGUCAAAGGUCAAGGUUUCAGUGACCUUGAACGCAAAAAGCUUGUCUGUAUGAUAACUCUACAAUGCCUGCACCCAUGGUUCUCAAACUUGACAUUUAGGUUGGGGUGACCAGAAGAUUACCCCUAUAGGUUUUGGAGUCAAAGUCAAGCUCACAACUCAUAUUUGUCAUUAAAAUUACGUCAUAUUUACCUAGUCUCUGUUGCUAAGAGGAUACAUGUUUAUCUGCAAAUAUCAAUCAUCAUCAGAACAUGAUAAAAAACUGUACCUUCUAUCCUCACACUUUGAAUGGUCAUAAUCUUAAAACUACCCCAAUGUCAAUGACAAGUUAGCUGUCAUUUUGGUCCAUGCAUAUUUCAUUCAAUUGUCCAAAAAUUAUUGACAAAAUGGCGCUCAGGGGUGCAUAAUGUUUGACACACAUCUCUUGUUAUAAUUAUAAUUACUGUACUGGUAAUUGUGAUCUAAUUUGACUGAAGUAUUAAAAUACAUAAAAGUACUAAAAAAUUGUUGUGAUAUAUUCAUGAUUCUUACUAUGGAUUAAAUUGACAUUUAUGAAGAUAUUAUGAAGUUAGAAAUCAUUUUAAAUGCAUCAUGUAUUUGAUAAACAUGUACAAAUUUAUUCAAUAUUCCUUUUUUAUUGGAUUGAAUGAAAUCCUUAUUAUACACUUGCAUUUUAUUUUUAUAAUUUUGCUUUUUCAAAAACCACCUAAAAUCUAGGUUAUAUUUUCAUCUGAAAAAGUCUUCCAUAUUUCAGUUCCAAUUUUUGACUCUGAAUGUAAACAUGUUUAUUAAUAGUUUUAAAUAUGUAUUGAAGAAUAUGCUUGUCUAAUGUUUCACAAUUACCAAUGUUAUGAGUUUUGUGAUAUUGGUUCUUUGCAUUUGCACAAUGAUAAUAGUUCAGCUGUUUUCAUUAAAACAUGUCUUGUCAUUUCAUUUUCUAUGAUUGUCAAUAUUGUCCAGUUAGCAUGGUCAACAGUGUUUUUCAGUGUCCAAUACUGUUUGUUAAGUUUUAUUUAAUUUUGUUUUAUAUUUGAGUGCUGCACUUUCCAUGAUAAGGUAUUCCACCCCUAACGGCAAGGUAUUGGAACUUAAUGAUUGCAUAAUAUUUUUUUGAGAUCAGGAAUUUGCAAGAAAUCUGACAUUGUACAGAAAUAAAGAAGUUUUAUGAUGUUGUUAUGGGUGGAAUACCUUGAAUACAUCAAUGUAAAUGUCACAUGAAAAAUACCUAGUUUUCGACCUACCUGUAGAAUUACAAUGUUACAUUCCAUAUUGUUGAACUGAUUUACCAAUGUAAACCAUUCCUUUUUUACUUUCUACGCAUCAAUUAACUUUAUAUUGGGCUGCAUCCAUACAUGGAAUGCAAAUCAUUUAUUUUGUGUGAAUAUAUGGGGGGGGGGUCCAGGAAAUGGUGGGAAACAAGGUUGUAAAGAACAUUUGUAUGAGUUACUCUAGAUUUGUGUCUGUCUUUUAGAGGAAACAAUGUUCAGGUAUUGUGAUAGCUUUGGUGUCAUUGUCAGGGGCCUUGGCAGUAUCCUUUUAGGUGUUGACAUGUGCACAAAUUGAAAUGGGCCAUAAAUUAAAAUCUGUUAUGUUAACAUGAAACUUGGUACACAUGUUGCCAGAGACAAAAGACACACUUACAGCUUGUAAUUAUUGAGUUAUGCCCCAUUUUUACUAAAAAAACCUUUAUGUUUACUCAGCAGUGAACUUGAUAUAGUUUUGUGAUGUUCUUAUUUGUAUUUUUUUGCUUUUUGCCAGUUUCACAAGGUUUAUAUUCACAACCCCAUUAUUUAGUCAUCUUUAAAAAUUGGUCCAAUGAUACUUUGCUAGUUUUAAAUUCAUGAUCAGAUAAACUUUCAAAGUACUGGAAAUUUAAAACCAAGCAUAUAUAAAAACCAAUAUACAGUUGUUUGGAAUUGUUUGACAUGAUGUACGCACUUUUUGUCUGAAUCUCUUUGGGCCAGUCAUAUUUAUCAGCCAUAUCAAUGUUAUUAUAUUUAUUGUCUGUCCAGGCAUGACUUUUAAACGAGUCUCAAAACUCUUAAAACUAUUUGUUUAUGUUUAUCUUUAACAUAGUUUUGUUUAUACUUGUAUUUUAACAAUGUACUAUAACCAUGAUGUCCAAGGUUCGAUCCCCAGCCGUGGCAUAUGUGAGAUUGAUUGGUGGCCACCCAAGCCAGAUUUUACGCAAUGUACCCAUGCAUCCACAUCCAAUAAAACAUGUACAAUAUUACAUAGUUAUUGGUCAGAUAAAUUCAAAUUGUUUUUACCAAUGAUGAAUUUAUAAUACAAUAAAUAUAUAUCCUAUAAAAAUUAUAAUCCAUACCAAUGACAAUUUAUUUAGUUUGACUACUAUCUUAUGGAAAAUGACUGUGUCUAUUUUCCUUACACAUAUAGAAAUUAGCCAGCACAAUAAGGAUUGUAUAGACAAUUACCUUGAUUUGCAAUGAUCUUUAUUUUGUAGUAAUAUCAGUGUUUGCUACUGCCAUUUACCUACGCAAUCAGUUGCAUUUCAUUUUUUUAGUGUUAACUAUUUACUUAAGCAUUGCUGUAUCCAUAAUUUAAAUGAUUGUUCUUGUUUCAUGCACAAUAAAAUACUAAAUGGAAUUUUAUUAUA